ACUCAACCGCUCACCAAUCGACCGCUUGAUUGGAGGAGAUAAGGCUAUCCGCCGCGGUCGGAUCUUUGAAUUUUAAAAAAAAUAUUAUUAUAGGCCUAUACGGUAUUUAUAUUACAUUUUGCACAAUGCGAUGAUAACGUCACGCAGGCAUUGAUAUUUAGGUUUGAAGAUAAAAAAAAGACGAUGCCUGGUGAAGCGCGGCUCCAUCAGUGCGCCUCUAUUGCAGGUCAUCUGAAAACAACAAUAGAUAUAUCAUGUCGUGUUUGAGCGUCGCAUGCAGCGCUGUUAUUGUCCUGUUCGGAGCGGUUUGCAGCGUUUUCAUAUUCUGUGAGUAUCUGAUUUAUUACGCCGCGAUAUUACAGUGUGGUUGGCCUGGGAUCGACCAUGGUGCCCCGGCGAGUGAGAGGAGCGCAGACGGCCAACCAGAGCCGGAGGUUCUCCGCGCUAUGGUGCUGUCAGACACGCACCUCCUCGGCGCUGUCGGAGGGCACUGGUUCGACAAACUGCGAAGGGAAUGGCAGAUGGAACGAGCUUUCCAGACCGCUCUGGCCCUGCUCCGACCUGAGGUCGUCUUUAUACUGGGGGAUGUGUUCGAUGAGGGGAAAUGGAGCUCUCCGAAGAACUGGGAGGAUGAUGUCUGUCGCUUCCAGAAGAUGUUUAGACAUCCCAGUGACACAGAGCUGGUAGUUCUGGUUGGAAACCACGACAUCGGCUUCCACUACGAAAUGGACUGGUUCAAGUUACAGCGCUUUGAGAAGGCCUUCAAUACCACCUCCACCAGAAUGGUCACCAAGAAAGGAGUGAACUUUCUGUUGGUCAACAGCGUGGCGUUGCAUGGUGACGGUUGUCCUAUCUGCCAAUCAGUGGAGAAACAGCUUCACACACUGUCCAGGGACCUCAACUGUUCACUACUACAGAAUUCUGAGUCCAGCAUUAUAAGAGAAUACUGCCAAGACGCGUGGACCUAUCCUUCUACAACACCUAUCAUCCUGCAGCAUUACCCUCUGUACCGGGUGAGUGAUGCGGGCUGUACGGGUCGGGAUGCUGCUCCUCCUGAGGAGCGCCACCUGCUGUUCAGAGAGAAGUACGACGUGCUGUCUCAGGAGGCCUCUCACAGGCUGCUGCAGUGGUUUAAGCCCCGCCUAGUUCUCAGUGGCCACACCCACAGUGGUUGUCAGGUUCUCCAUGACAACAAGUACCCAGAGAUCAGUGUUCCGUCCUUCAACUGGAGGAACCGCAACAACCCCAGUUUCAUACUGGGUUCGUUCUCCUCCAGUGGUUAUGGCCUGUCAAAGUGUUUCCUUCCAGAGGAGAGUACAGUGAUAGCCCUCUACUGCUCUACAGGAGCCAGCCUCCUCUUCCUCCUCCCUCUGGUCCACUGCCUGUGGAUGCGAGGCCUUCUCCGGUGCCUCAUCCUCUGUCCAAUCAGCAAACACAAGUUUCUCUGACGGUCUCAGGUAGAGGUUGUCCCUGACUGCUGAAUGAUACAGGGUGAGAUAUGGGCUACAUCCCAUCUCAAAUGGCACCCUAUUCCCUAUUGAGUGCACUACUUUUACCCAGGUUAGCCCCAUAGGUGCUCUGGUAAGAAGUGGUGUACUACGUAGGGAAUAGGGCGCAACUUGGGACGUAGCCACGCUGUCCUCCCCCUAAAGCAGGGGUGGCUGGUGCUCCUGCCCUGGGAGGAUGCCGUUGGUUUGUAGGGUUGUGCUCCACCACAGCACUGACUGACGUGUUCAUGUGAACACAGGACCAAGUCUUGCUGGUUUGCUGACAGGUUUGUUAGAGUAGGGCUGAAACAAAAGCCUGCACACCCAGUAGCCUUCCAAAAGGAUAAUUGGUCAUCCUAUUGGGAGGUAAAGUAAUCUGACUCUAGAUCUGUAGUUAAGGACAGCCUCUACCUGGAGAGAACUUGUGUGACCCCCUCCCCCCCACAGAGACUUGGACGUUUUUGAAAUUCUGUAUUUUUCUUUCUUUAAAGCUGUGAAAUUCCACAUUCCAAAAAGAACAAAGAACAGAGUUCAGGAUAGAGAUCAGGGGUCAAGAUGGAGAAUAGGGGUCAAUAUGGAGAACAGGGGUCAAGAUGGAGAACAGGGGUCAAGAUGGAGAACAGGGGUCAAGAUGGAGAACAGGGGUCAAUAUGGAGAACAGGGGUCAAGAUGGAGAACAGGGGUCAAUAUGGAGAACAGGGGUCAAGAUGGAGAACAGGGGUCAAUAUGGAGAACAGGGGUCAAUAUGGAGAACAGGGGUCAAUAUGGAGAACAGGGGUCAAGAUGGAGAACAGGGGUCAAGAUGGAGAACAGGGGUCAAUAUGGAGAACAGGGGUCAAGAUGGAGAAUAGGGGUCAAGAUGGAGAAUAGGGGUCAAUAUGGCGAACAGGGGUCAAUAUGGAGAACAGGGGUCAAGAUGGAGAACAGGGGUCAAGAUGGAGAACAGGGGUCAAGAUGGAGAACAGGGGUCAAGAUGGAGAAUAGGGGUCAAUAUGGAGAACAGGGGUCAAUAUGGAGAACAGGGGUCAAUAUGGAGAACAGGGGUCAAGAUGGAGAACAGGGGUCAAUAUGGAGAACAGGGGUCAAUAUGGAGAACAGGGGUCAAGAUGGAGAACAGGGGUCAAGAUGGAGAACAGGGGUCAAGAUGGAGAAUAGGGGUCAAUAUGGAGAACAGGGGUCAAUAUGGAGAACAGGGGUCAAUAUGGAGAACAGGGGUCAAGAUGGAGAACAGGGGUCAAUAUGGAGAACAGGGGUCAAGAUGGAGAACAGGGGUCAAGAUGGAGAACAGGGGUCAAUAUGGAGAAUAGGGGUCAAGAUGGAGAACAGGGGUCAAUAUGGAGAACAGGGGUCAAGAUGGAGAACAGGGGUCAAUAUGGAGAAUAGGGGUCAAGAUGGAGAACAGGGGUCAAGAUGGAGAAUAGGGGUCAAGAUGGAGAACAGGGGUCAAUAUGGAGAACAGGGGUCAAUAUGGAGAACAGGGGUCAAUAUGGAGAACAGGGGUCAAUAUGGAGAACAGGGGUCAAGAUGGAGAACAGGGGUCAAGAUGGAGAAUAGGGGUCAAUAUGGAGAACAGGGGUCAAGAUGGAGAACAGGGGUCAAGAUGGAGAAUAGGGGUCAAUAUGGAGAACAGGGGUCAAUAUGGAGAACAGGGGUCAAGAUGGAGAACAGGGGUCAAGAUGGAGAACAGGGGUCAAGAUGGAGAACAGGGGUCAAGAUGGAGAAUAGGGGUCAAUAUGGAGAACAGGGGUCAAGAUGGAGAAUAGGGGUCAAUAUGGAGAACAGGGGUCAAGAUGGAGAACAGGGGUCAGGAUAGAGAACAGGGGUCAAGAUGGAGAACAGGGGUCAAUAUGGAGAACAGGGGUCAAUAUGGAGAACAGGGGUCAAUAUGGAGAACAGGGGUCAAGAUGGAGAACAGGGGUCAGGAUAGAGAACAGGGGUCAAGAUGGAGAACAGGGGUCAGGAUGGAGAACAGGGGUCAGGAUAGAGAACAGGGGUCAAUAUGGAGAAUAGGGGUCAAUAUGGAGAACAGGGGUCAGGAUAGAGAACAGGGGUCAAGAUGGAGAACAGGGGUCAAUAUGGAGAAUAGGGGUCAAGAUGGAGAACAGGGGUCAGGAUAGAGAACAGGGGUCAGGAUAGUGGAUCAGGACAGAGAACAGGGGUCAGGAUAGUGGAUCAGGACAGAGAACAGGGGUCAGGAUAGUGGAUCAGGAUAGAGAACAGGGGUCAGGAUAGAGAACAGGGGUCAGGAUAGAGAACAGGGGUCAGGAUAGAGAACAGGGGUCAGGAUGGAGAACAGGGGUCAGGAUGGAGAACAGGGGUCAGGAUAGAGAACAGGGGUCAGGAUGGAGAACAGAGGUCAGGAUAGAGAACAGAGGUCAGGAUGGAGAACAGGGGUCAGGAUAGAGAACAGAGGUCAGGAUGGAGAACAGGGGUCAGGAUAGAGAACAGAGGUCAGGAUGGAGAACAGGGGUCAGGAUAGAGAACAGGGGUCAAGAUAGAGGUCAGGAUAGUGGAUCAGGAUAGAGAACAGACAACCUGAUCCACUAUCCUGACCACUGUUCUCUAUCCUGAUCCACUAUCCUGACAACACCAGAGGCCCGAGCCAGUGUUUUCAUACCCUCACCUUGUACAGAGAGUACUGGUCGUUGUCCUUGUUCUGGCGUUCGGAAAUGGACCAUUCAACUCCGAUGAAGGACAACUUCACUGUCAGUCAUCGAGAUGUUCCUCUCGUCGCACCAGGAAGUACAAGGUUCACUGUCUCCCAUCUUCCUCUGUGUGGCCCGAACCAUAAAGGAACUCAGAGGAGGAGUGCUGAUCUAGGAUCAGGCUGUUCCUGUCCAGGUCAUCUUUAGAGAGGAGGAGUGCUGAUCUAGGAUCAGGCUGUUCCUGUCCAGGUCAUCUUUAUAGAGGAGGAGUGCUGAUCUAGGAUCAGGCUGUUCCUGUCCAGGUCAUCUUUAUAGAGGAGGAGUGCUGAUCUAGGAUCAGGCUGUUCCUGUCCAGGUCAUCUUUAGAGAGGAGGAGUGCUGAUCUAGGAUCAGGCUGUUCCUGUCCAGGUCAUCUUUAUAGAGGAGGAGUGCUGAUCUAGGAUCAGGCUGUUCCUGUCCAGGUCAUCUUUAUAGAGGAGGAGUGCUGAUCUAGGAUCAGGCUGUUCCUGUCCAGGUCAUCUUUAGAGAGGAGGAGUGCUGAUCUAGGAUCAGGCUGUUCCUGUCCAGGUCAUCUUUAGAGAGGAGGAGUGCUGAUCUAGGAUCAGGCUGUUCCUGUCCAGGUCAUCUUUAGAGAGGAGGAGUGCUGAUCUAGGAUCAGGCUGUUCCUGUCCAGGUCAUCUUUAUAGAGGAGGAGUGCUGAUCUAGGAUCAGGCUGUUCCUGUCCAGGUCAUCUUUAUAGAGGAGGAGUGCUGAUCUAGGAUCAGGCUGUUCCUGACCAGGUCAUCUUUAGAGAGGAGGAGUGCUGAUCUAGGAUCAGGCUGUUCCUGUCCAGGUCAUCUUUAGAGAGGAGGAGUGCUGAUCUAGGAUCAGGCUGUUCCUGUCCAGGUCAUCUUUAGAGAGGAGGAGUGCUGAUCUAGGAUCAGGCUGUUCCUGUCCAGGUCAUCUUUAGAGAGGAGGAGUGCUGAUCUAGGAUCAGGCUGUUCCUGUCCAGGUCAUCUUUAGAGAGGAGGAGUGCUGAUCUAGGAUCAGGCUGUUCCUGUCCAGGUCAUCUUUAGAGAGGAGGAGUGCUGAUCUAGGAUCAGGCUGUUCCUGUCCAGGUCAUCUUUAGAGAGGAGGAGUGCUGAUCUAGGAUCAGGCUGUUCCUGUCCAGGUCAUCUUUAUAGAGGAGGAGUGCUGAUCUAGGAUCAGGCUGUUCCUGACCAGGUCAUCUUUAGAGAGGAGGAGUGCUGAUCUAGGAUCAGGCUGUUCCUGUCCAGGUCAUCUUUAGAGAGGAGGAGUGCUGAUCUAGGAUCAGGCUGUUCCUGUCCAGGUCAUCUUUAGAGAGGAGGAGUGCUGAUCUAGGAUCAGGCUGUUCCUGUCCAGGUCAUCUUUAGAGAGGAGGAGUGCUGAUCUAGGAUCAGGCUGUUCCUGUCCAGGUCAUCUUUAGAGAGGAGGAGUGCUGAUCUAGGAUCAGGCUGUUCCUGUCCAGGUCAUCUUUAGAGAGGAGGAGUGCUGAUCUAGGAUCAGGCUGUUCCUGUCCAGGUCAUCUUUAGAGAGGAGGAGUGCUGAUCUAGGAUCAGGCUGUUCCUGUCCAGGUCAUCUUUAGAGAGGAGGAGUGCUGAUCUAGGAUCAGGCUGUUCCUGUCCAGGUCAUCUUUAGAGAGGAGGAGUGCUGAUCUAGGAUCAGGCUGUUCCUGUCCAGGUCAUCUUUAGAGAGGAGUGCUGAUCUAGGAUCAGGCUGUUCCUGUCCAGGUCAUCUUUAUAGAGGAGGAGUGCUGAUCUAGGAUCAGGCUGUUCCU